AAAAUGGUACACAGUCAGCAACAUAUGUAGCAAUGUUUUAUUUGCUGGAAUGUCUAAUCUGCAUUAAGAUGUUGCAUUAGCAGUGGAUAAUUUUAGUUCUGGCAUCAUGACAGCAUCAACUGGUGAUGAUAAUAGUACCAAGGAAUUGAAAGGGAGUUUUGUGACUUUUUCAAGUGCACUAAAUGGUGUCAAGGAAUCACUGGAUGUUAUGUCCACUAAUGAUGACAACACAUUAGGUUUUACUUUAGAACUUUAUUCCAGAUACAUGGAUGCUGCCAAGGAGAUGCUUUUCCGUCGUACAUGUAAACUAGUUGAGUAUGAGAACGCAACAAAAGCACUGGAAAAAGCCAAACCCAAGAACCAAGAAAUGCUUCAAAAAGCCAAAGACGAUGCAGAGGAAGCAUACAAUUCAAUUUCAGAAGCUGCAAAGAAAGAGAUGAUCCGUUACAAUAGGCAAAGGGUGUUGAGCCUGCAAGCCAGUCUUAUCCAGUACGCUGAAUCGCGGUUAAAGAAUGGAAGAGAUACCUACGCCAUUUUGGCCAAACUAUUGAAUGACAUGAAAAAAUCUUCUUAAUCAAUGAGUGCAGAGAAAAUAGACGGUACUGUAAAUUUGGGUGGCCAAAAUUUAUUGCUAACCUUCCUUAUGAAAUAAGAUUAUGUUAAUUUGACACAGACAAUACAAAAAAAGUUUUUAAAAUGAUGUAAGGUCGUUUCAGGCAUUGGCUCACUCCAGGCGUUCAGUUAGUAAAAGGGAGUGAAGACUGGAGUGGAAAAGUGAAACAGGAAGAGAGGUUGGGUCAGGUGGGGUUCAUUAAGUGACUCAACCCAAGCCUCCCUCGCUUUUUCACUUCUCUGCUAUUAUAGCUCUGUUUACUAUCACACUUUGUUUUACCAACUGAAUGUCUGGAACAGGCUAUUUAGGCAAUAAUCACAACCAUUAUACUUUCUUCAAAUGUGAUUGGUGCAUGAGCUGCUUUGAUUUUUUACUUCUCAUUCUGUACAGCUGUAAUUGGACAGUUGGCUGUAAUCGGACACCUGUAAUUGGACAGUUGAAGCAACGAAUCAUACAAGUCCACUCAGCCAAAUCCACCAAUCACGGAGUCAAUCACAAUAACCAUAGCAACAACCACUUAUCCAAAAAAAAUUAAGAAUUUCCAAAAUGGAGACAUAUUUUUUACUUUAGACAUUGUCUCUACCAGAGAUAUUUGACCUAAAUGUAUUUGCUGUUUUCGGAAAUUGUAGCAAUUAAUAUUAAUUGGUAACAGGACUUCUUGUCGUCCAAUUCUUUCUCUAAUCAUAUUGAUUAUCAUCAGAUUGACAAAUUGGUCUCUUACUUCUUUUUUGUCUAAGUUUGUUAAUCAUGUGUAUGAUAACAACAGAUGGAAUUAGACUCCACUCAGUCCUAUUACCAUUGUAAAUUGGCUGGAAAUGGUGGCAAAAAUCCAGCAAUGACUUGAAAUUUAAUUAGCAAAUAUUUGAUGACAGAAAGUAAUUUUUCGAUUUUGUGAAGGCUACCAGCCUUGAAUCAAGGCCCCAGAACAUUCAAUAAACACUUAACAAGGUGAAUUUUCAACUUUAUGCUUUUUCAUGCAGAUCACCAUUAUACUAAAGAGUGAAUUAAUUUCUUCACGUCUUUUUAUAAAAUAAUAUUUUUAUUAAAUCUGAAUGAAUGGGUUUCAAAUAUGUAAAGUUUUCUACAUACUUUCGCAGUAACAGACAUGGAUAAAAAAAUUUCCUUUUCAAUCCUCUGAAAAGUACCAACCAAAAAACUGAUUUCCUUUGUAUUGAAAAGCUUUUGUAAUUUGUAUUAGGUAUAGCGAUGGUAGGUUUUUGUUUGAAUAGCUUUACCUGUAAAGGCAGAACUUGACGUUUUCAGUUGACUUAAAUGCGAAUAUACUUAUUAUUCUGAUGAAAACUGUUUUCCUAGUGUAAUAAUUUGUUUAACUUAGAAUGGGCCAUGUACGAUGCUAAUUGUCGUUUUAACUCUACCAAAGCUCUUGCGGUUUGAAAUUGGUGACUCCCCCACCAGUCGUGUGGAGCGGAGUAUUUUGGUUUUGUAACAAUAAAAUUUACUUGUUCCCUC